UAUUUUACCCUAAUUGUUUCCAUAACAUACUUGUCAAUCGCCCCAAUGCGACCAUAUAGGCCCAGGAUGGGUCUUCUGGUCAGACGGGUCGUCCACAAAAUCUGGGGCUCUUUCUUUGACGUCUAUUCUGCUCGUCCGGUUGAUCUUCUGGCCAUUAAUGGCGCAUGCAGUAGAAGUCAAGCUGCAGGUCCCGAAGUUUAAAUCACCGACGUUCAGUCCGUUUAUCGGUUGGGUUCACACAAUUUACUUCGGGCCCUGCGGUGGUCCGAAUAGGGUUUGGUGUCGAGUUGUACUUGGCUCGAUUCCUGAUUCUUCUUCUCAGGCUCUCUUCAAUGUUUCCAUGGAGGAAGAGGAGUCGCCCGAUCCCUCUCGCGUACUUCUGGCUCCGCUGGGUAGCUGACAAAGGUUCGUUUUUGGCUGAUCUUCGGAUUAAUCUCUUAUGUCUUCUCUGCUAGCUUGUGAUUUUCAGGUAAUAAACAGAAGAGUUUUGGGUAGUUGUGUACACAGGGACAACAAAUUGUUUAUAAUCAAAAUUACCUCAAAUCCUCACUUGCCUGAUGAAACAACCAUUGAAGUAAAAGUUACUGCUCCACGCGAUUAUAUAUCUGACAAGGAUUGGGUUGCUAUGGUAUCUCCUUCUAAUUCUAAUAAUAAGCUUUGUCCUCAUUGGAAGCAUAUGUAUGAACAAACGGGUGAUAAGGAUGACCACCCUCUAACAUGCCACUAUCCUGUUAAGUCACAGCCUGUGAAGAAUGAUCGAGACUAUCUCACUUGCGGUGAUAAGGAAUGCUACAAAUACCAGAAAAACAUAUGUCUGUAUGAAACUUGCAGUGCUACAUUAAAAUUCCAUGUGGUCAACAUCAGAACAUCGAUUGCAUUCGUUUUAUUUGGUGGUGGGUUCAGUAAACCCUGCUUUUUGGCCAAGUCUCAAACUGUCAGAUUUGUUAAUCCAAAGAAGCCCUUGUAUGGGCAUGUCUCUAGCGUAGGUUCCAGGGGAACAAAGAUGAGAGUAACCUGGGUCAGUGGAGACUUUUUACCACAAGAAGUGCAAUAUGAAGGUGCGGACCCAAAGAAAGAAAUACUUUUACCUACUCAAUUCACACGACGAGAUAUGUGCGGUACGACACAAGAGACUCCUGCUAAGGACUUUGGGUGGCAUGACCCAGGAUAUAUUCAUUCUGUUGUGCUAAAAGGGCUUAAGCCUUCAGAAGAUGUCCGCUUCAGAUAUGGAAGUAAUCAUGCUGGUUGGAGUGAAUAUGUCACGAUGAGGCCACCACCUGCGGCAGGUUCAGAUGUACUCAGAUUCCUUGCUUUUGGUGAUAUGGGAAAGGGGCGACAUGAUAAUUCUAUUGAGCACUUCAAUCAGCCGGGAUCCAUCUCAGUUGUUGAGGCGAUGAAACAAGAAAUAGACCAUGGUAAGGUAGAUUCCAUCUUCCACGUUGGAGGCUUAAGCUAUGCCACAGGCUUUUUAGUUGAAUGGGACUACUUUCUUCACCAGAUAAAUCCGUUGGCCUCUCGAGUACCUUACAUGACAGCUAUCGGAGAUUCUGAAAGGGAUUUUCCAGGCUCAGGGUCUCUUUAUGUGACUCCUGAAUCGGGUGGCGAGUGUGGAGUUCCUUAUCAAAAAUACUUUCAAAUGCCAGCCACAACACGAAGUAAACCGUGGUAUUUUACAAAACAAGCGGGUGUUCACUUGGCAGUUAUUUCUACUGAACAUGAUUGCAAAGUAAAAUCUGCACAGUAUCGAUGGUUGAAAAGAAACAUGGCUAAAGUUAAUCGAAAAACAACGCCAUGGCUAAUAGUUAUUGGGCACAGAACCAUGUACAGUAGUACAAAGGGUGGCGCUAAUGUUAACAAAAACUUUGUCUCAGCUGUUGAGCCACUACUGCGGAAAUACAAGGUUGAUCUGGCCAUUUGGGCACAUGUACGUAAUUAUGAGAGGACCUGCAAUGUUUAUGAAAGUCAAUGCGUUGCCCUGCCUAAGAAAGUUGAAGAUGAAGGGGAAACGUACGAUGCCAGCAAUUACACUGCUCCAGUUCAUGUAGUCGUUGGAACUGGUGGCGCCACUUUGGACCAGUUUUCUGAUGAUGACGCUCCUAGUUGGAGCUUGGCUAGGAUUUCUAAAUUUGGAUACCUAAAAGUUCAUGUAACAAAACAAGUGUUGCAAGCAGAGUUUGUAGUUCCAUCAACGAGUGAGGCAGAGGAUAAAUUCCGGCUCGUAAAAUAACUUGAAAGUACUAUUGUCAAUUUUGCUAAACUUCUAGAUGUAUGCUUCUAUUUUGCACUGGUAUGCAUGUUUUGUACUGAUAAAUCUGAAUUGUUACUGUCAUACUCAUUGCUUAGAAUUUAAAAUGAACGUGGUUUUGCAUCAGAAUAUAUUCAAGGACGUCUAGCUUUGAUGUGGUAGUUUGAUAAGGAAAA